CGACCGUAGAGCAUUGCAUAUUAAUUAGUUAGUGCUGAAAAACGGUUAAAUCAAAACCAAAAUGGUUCACAGUGUUGGCGAGCAAAAGAUGAGUGUGUUUAGUGCGCGUUAUCGCUGGCAGAUCAUAGCCACCAUGACAGUGCACAUCAUGACCUUGACACACGGCAUUGGUGUGGGCUGGUUGGCGCCAUCGCUUCCACUGCUGGGCGCCGAGCUGUCGCCGCUCGACAGACCCAUUAGUAUCGAAGAGGCCUCCUGGGUAGGCUCCUUGAUCGGCCUGGGCGCGCUCGCGGGCAACAUAAUCUUUGGGCUGCUGGUGGAUCGUUUGGGUCGCAAAAUGAGCAUGUACUUUCUGGCCAUACCCAAUAUGACCUAUUGGAUUCUUAUCUAUACGGCACAAGAUGUGACGUAUCUAUAUGCGGGUCGUUUCCUAGCCGGCAUUUCGGGUGGCGGCUGUUAUGUGGUAUUACCGAUAUUUGUUGCUGAAAUCUCUGAUAACAACAUACGUGGCGCACUAUCUUCCAUGGCCAUGAUGUAUGUUAGCAUUGGCAUGAUUAUAGGAUAUAUACUCACCACCUAUCUCAGCUAUUAUCUGAUGCCGUGCAUAGCUAUAUUACUGCCAGUCGUUUAUCUGCUGGCCAUCUGGGGCUUAUCUGAGACGCCACAGCACUUGCUGCGCAAGGGACGCAAUGAGCAGGCCGAGAAAUCGUAUUACUUCUAUAAAAAUCUGCCAGCAUCUAAUCCAGAUAAUGAGUCAGCUCACAAUGAUGCAGCUAAAAAGGAGUUUGAGACAUUCAAGCAACAAGUGCUGAAGGGUGGUGUGCAGCAAGACGUCGGCUGGAAAGAUUUCUUUAAUCUGCCUACCAUGAAGAUCUUUGCUUUGAACUUUACAUUGCUCGUUUGCAAUCAGCUGUCGGGCAGCUUUGCGUUCUUCAACUACACCUCGCACAUCUUCAACGAGCUGGAGACACAAAUGGCUGCGAAUACCUGCACCAUUAUAGUGGGUGGUGUUCAGGUCUUGGGCAUAAUAUGUGCCGUUAUUUUGGUAGAUCGUGUGGGUCGGCGGAAGCUGCUGCUUACAUCCUUGGCGGGCAUGGGUCUGGGUGAGCUAGGCAUUGGACUGCUCAAGGAAUUUGCCUCCAAGGAGUUUCUAUCCGGAACCAAUUGGUUGUCCUUGCUGCUCAUGUGCUGGGUGGCCUAUAUUGCAUCCCUGGGCGUUAUACCGCUUAUAUUUGUUAUUAUUAUUGAACAGCUGCCCGCCAAGAUACGCUCUCUGGGCACUUCCAUCUGCAUGGCCACGUUGAGCACCUUCAUCUUUGUCUCGCUCAAAAUAUAUCCGAUGAUGAUCUUUGGCCCCGGCCUGCCAGCCACCAUGUAUAUGUCAGCCGGCGUUUGCGCCAUCGGAUUUAUCAUUUUGGGUCUAUUUCUGCCGGAGACCAAAGGCAAACAGCUGACGCACUAAUUGUUGACGCGUGUGAAAUAUGUUGAUGAUGACUUCAGCGACGACAUCAAUCCCAGCGACCACGCCAAACUGUCGCUUUUGUAUGGGCGACUCAUUGCAUAAGUUAGGAUUACCAUUAUGACUGUGUGUGUGUGUGUGUGUGUGUGUGUGUGUGUGUGUGUGUGUGUGUGUGUGUGUGUGUGUGUGUGUGUACGAAUACGAAUACGGUUACGAGUACUUGCUUGUCAAGAUAUCGCCGCCAAAGCAGCUCACUCAACAGCUUGCCACAAAUAGCAUGGGGGCAUGGCUCAUCCUGAACUCUUGAACUUAAUUCAAUUUUAGUUUUUGCGGCUUUUAUGCUGUUGUUGUUGCUUGGCUCAGUUUCGCGCCCA